AUGCCGGAUGGAGACGCGCAGACGUUCCUGAAGGAGUUCGAGGGCGUUGCGGAGCUGGCGAGAAUACGGUCGGACCGGGGUAAGCUGAUGGCCCUUCGAGUGCUUCUCAAGGGCCGGGCGCGAGCGGUGUUGGAUGCGGUGCGAAGAGAUCCGGAAAAGAUGAAGUUGGCUGCCGCGAAGGACGCCCUGAUAGCGGGUUUCGACACCCUGGCUAACAGCCAGCAGGCGUUGCGAAGCUUCAGGACGAUGCAGCUCGGAGUUGGCGUGGACUCCCUGUCGCGUGCCGUGGUGUUGCGCGCCCAGUUGAAUCGAGCUCUCGCAACGUUGGAUGAUGUCAUACGUUCGGAAUCACUGCUCAACCGUUUCAUGAAGAACCUCGAGGCAAGGUUUGCGCCAGACAGCAUAGAUAAUUAA